CAAUAAAACGGUUGACUCCUGUCAAUGGACCGAUUCCUGGUCUAGAUUGUACUGGAAUCUAAACCCAAGCUUAACCCGGCUAAGUAGGCUAACAUCGGUGAAUCCAGAAAAGAUCUUAGCUUUAGCUUCGGCCAAAAGUCAUCUCUCAAUCCCGCCUACUGUGAUCGUUUAGGUGAUCAAAUAAAAAAAAUCACAAUAUAAUCUUCAUCCUCAUUUUCAGAUUCUCCACACCUAAAAAGGAGAGAAAAAGAAAAGAAUCUUGCUGUACUGAGGUAUUAUGGCAAAUCAGUACUCCAAUGAUGGAUCUAGUACAAGCAACAUAUCAGGAGAAAGUUCAGAUGCAGCAAUAGAGCUCAAUAUCAAGACUCUAGAUUCUCAGAUUUACAAUUUUCAGGUGGAUAAAAAUACGCUAGUUUCAGCAUUCAAGGAGAAAAUAGCUAAGGAUAUUGGUGUUCCAGUAGGUCAGCAAAGACUGAUUUUCCGGGGAAAGGUCUUGAAGGAUGAACAUCUCCUUUCUGAAUAUCAAGUGGAGAAUGGGCAUACCUUGCACUUGGUUGCAAGGCAGCCAGCACAGUUGCAACCUUCAACUGAUGCAAGUUCUGGUGACACAAAUGCAAAUAAUGGUAACCGAGGUAAUGAUCCUAGUGCUGGCAUCCCCCAAAAUCGUGUUGGGCAAAUAUCACACAGUAUAGUUCUUGGGACCUUUAAUGUUGGGGAGCAAGGUGAAGGCAUUUUUCCAGACCUCAGUCGGGUUAUUGGCGCGGUGCUGAACUCUUUUGGCAUUGGGGGUCAGACUGCAAUUAAUGGCAUUGGUGGAAUGCAGUCCUCUAACAUGUCAAAUGUUAGUGGUCAGACUCGAGGAAAUGAAACAGUAGAUGGCUUACGAAGUAAUGUUAGCGGUCAGAGUCAAGCAGGAAAUCAAAUGCAGCCUGGUCAGGCAUUUCCUGGUCAGCCAUUUCAAUUGCCACCUCAAGUCAUGCAAAUUCCUCUGACUGCAGCAGUACCUCUUCCUUCGCUUCAUUCGCCAAUUCCUGAUUCUUUGAGUACACUUUCUGAGUUUAUGACGCAUAUGGAGCAGGCACUGGCACAAAAUGGGUACCAGCCAAUCGCAACUUCAAACAACACAGGAGAUGUCCCAAAUGUAGAGUUACCUUCUAAUGUAAGGGGAUUGCAAGCAUUGCACAUUGUCCUGCGACAUGCAGAACGGCUUCUCGGUGGUCAUGUGAUCACUGCAUUAUCUCAUAUUGCAGAACGCUUGGAACUAGAGGGAGUUUCUAGUAAUCCUUCUGUGAGGGGCCAAAUUCAGACAGAAUCAGCUCAAGUUGGCCUUGCAAUGCAGCACAUAGGUGCUCUUCUUUUGGAGCUUGGUCGGACAAUCUUGACACUGCGAAUGGGACAAUCUCCUGCUGAUUCUUCUGUAAAUCCCGGACCUGCUGUUUAUAUAUCUCCAUCAGGGCCUAAUCCUAUAAUGGUCCAGCCUUUUCCCCUACAAACCAAUUCCCUCUUUGGUGGUUCUUCUGUACAAUCAAAUCCCAUGAGUUCUGGUCAUGUUGGCAUUGGUAGUGCCCCAAGGAACAUAAAUAUCCAUAUAAAUGCUGGUACUUCACUGGCACCGGUUGUAUCAACCAUAGGUGCCCGGGCAAGUAAUGGGGAGGGGAUGCAAGGAGAACGGGGUAAUGGUACUGGUUUUAGUGGUUCAGGCCCAGUGCGGAUGCUACCAGUGCAAAAUGUCAUUGCAGCAGCAGUGCCUUCACAUUCUACUGGUGUUACUGUUUCUGUUUCAAAUGCCACACAACCUGGUCUAGGUGUUUCUAUUUCACAGCCUCCAUCUGAUUCUACAUCAUUAUCCUCUGUAAUAGCUGAAGUUAAUUCACGACUAAGAAGUCUUGUCGGUGCCAUGCAAGGAGAAAACCAGCCUACAUCAGGCUCUGUUACUUCUGGUACAGGUAAUGGUGCAAGCAACAAACAGCCUGAAGGGGUGAUGAUCAGUGGGGCUGGGGAAUCUUCUGUGACCUUAUCUGGGUUAAUGUUCGAUGGCCAUGAUCAAAAGAAUCAAGAUGAUCAUGUCCGAGGAAGUAAUGGUGAGGUGACAGAGAGUUUUUUGAGGUCAAAAGAUGUUUCGUCUUGCUCGGUGGGAUGUUCAAAUGGAGGAACCUCACUAAAGCCAGAAGAGACUUCAGAAAAUGCCCCUAGUUCCAGUGAGAAGCAUGAUCUUUCAGAAGGUGCUGAAGCUGUUCCUCUUGGAUUAGCGAUGGGGAGUUUGGAAUGCAAGAGGAAAACCAGGCAGCCAAAAUCGGUGGUGAAGAGUGGUGAUCUUGGAACGAGCAAUACUCCUGUCUGUGAGAACCUGAACACUGGAAUGACUGGUCAACAGCCAUUACAAUCUCUUGCAUCUCUUAGCUCUGGUACAAAUAGGGUGGGUGCAAAUGAGAUACAUUCAAGUCAAAUACCUUCAUCUGUUUGCAGGAACUUGGAGCAUAGUCCACUGGGAGAACAAGGUUCUGAUGCCCAGUUUGGUACUUCUAGUGUUGUGUCUCAGGUGAUAGAUAGUCCUGCCUUGAAUGGUUUGUUGGCAGGUGUCUCACAGCAAACUGGGGUUGGCUCUCCCAAUGUUUUGAGGAAUAUGUUGCAACAGCUCACUCAGAACCCCCAAAUAAUGAGUACUGUCAGCCAAAUUGCUCAGCAGGUAGAAAGCCAAGACCUUGGGAAUAUGUUCUCAGGUUUGGGAAGUGGCCAAGGCAGUGGCAUUGAUCUUUCUAGGAUGGUCCAACAGAUGAUGCCAGUAGUUUCCCAGGUUCUCAGUCGUGGGUCAGCUGCUCAGCCAUUCUUUCAUGUAGAACCUGAAGCUCAGCAGCAGUAUAAUGAGAGGAGAUCAAGUGGAAAUGAAAAACCCAAUGAUCAAAAUGUUCAGAUCGACCUCCAGGAUGUGGCUCAGAGAAUUGGACAUUUCAAUGCACCUGGAGAUAUUUUCCGAGCUGUAGCUGAAAAUGCAGGGAGGUUGAAUGGGAAUGAAAGCGGAUCCCUAGAUAUUGUGCAGGAGUUGAGCAACAAUGCGGAUCUAGUCCAUGAUUACAUAGAGAUGCUACAGCGUGAUAUACAUCAGCUGCUUCAGAGUGACGCUGGGGAGGAUGAGUCUUGAUUUCUUGGAGAGGCGGUUUCUUAUGAUUUCAAGCGUCCAGAAAUGGUUCGCCAGAGACUAUUAUCUCAGCCAGGCUUACCUUGAAAAUGAUUUCAGCUUGUACAAAUCGGCAUGGAGCUCUACGCUCCAUGUUAUAAGCAAACAUCGAUAUGAUUUUUCGGUUUAUUGUGAAUUAGUAUUUAUGAUAUAAAUUCAAUAUUUUAAGUUUCCCGUUUCGAGGGAUUGGGGGCAAGUUCCCAGAAAGUUAACAAAUUCAACUUAUUUGGUUGAUAUUUUAUUGGGAAGUGACGUUCCGAAAGGUGAUUUUACCUCCAUGAAGAUACGUUGCUUCCUAAAAAGUGUAAAGAAAGAGCUUGACUCAAAUGAGAUCUUAGUAUUUCGUUUUGUUUCUUUUUAGUCAUCCAGGGGAUAAAUCCUAGGCGGCUUUGUACUAAUAGCAAUCCAAUUGAAUGAUGUAGUUAUCUAGCUUCGAACUAAUAGCAAUUAUCUUGCUUGGGUUGGUA